AUGGCCGCCGAAGGUGAAGCCGACGCGGGGGACUGCGGAGCGACCUCGUCGCCGCAUAGAGCGCCACCGCUCGUCGGCAUCGAGGCGCUGGCUAUGAGGACCCUGCCGCAAACGGGCCGCCCCACGUCGCAGCAGAUCCGGAGUUGCGGCCCCAAGCCCCCGAGCCAAGCAACCCCCCUCCCCUCGUUCCAUUCCCCUCCUCGCUCGAUUCGGCAGCGCCUCCUCCUCUGUUCUGAAUCCUCUGUUCGAUCCCUAACCCUAACCCUAAGGCGACUGCGCCGUUGCCCGCGGCCUCUCCCUUCACCAACGGCGCCGUUGCCCGCGUCCUCUCCCUUCACCGACGGCGCCAUCUCGUCCGAGUCUGAGCUGGAGGAGCACGUGUACAUCAGGGAGGAAGCAGGGCCAGCACGCCGUGGGGAGGCAGCAAGGCCAGCACGCCGUCGGUCCGUCCUUCCCUGGUUCCUCACCGAGCGCCACGAAGAGGAAGAGAUAAUGGUGAAGGAGAAGGGGAAUGAGAAGGGAAAGGGUGCUGGUAAGGAGAAUGCGAAGGCGAAGGCAAAGGACAAAAGCGUGAAUUACCUAAUUAGGCAAGAUUCGGCGUUGCCUCCGCCGGUUCCGAGGAAGAAGAGGAAGCCUAAGGUGCAGAUUAGGAAGGCGAAAGACUUUCCCAAUGCCCCAACGGGAGAGUUGAUUUGUAGGUUAAAAAAAACCCUCCACCUCCGAGGCGUCUCCCUGACCGCACCAGUGCCGGCGUGCGUGCCGUGGAAGCCGCUGCCUCUACUAUUGUGGUAGAUGACGAGGAGAAGGAGGAUGAGGACGAGGAGGAGGAUGAGGACAAGGACGUGGACAUGGAUGAGGACAAGGACAAGAACAAGGACGAUGAGGAAUAUGAGGAGCAAAAUCUGUUUAUAGUCCCGCCACAACCGAGUGUUGAUAUGUCGGAUGAUGAUACAUCAGAAGGGCAUAAGGAAUCAGCUGAUGAACUAGAAGGUGACACUAUGUUCGAGGAAUCACUUGUGCAUGUUGUAUCUAGUGAGGAGGAGGCAAGAGAAAGGAAAAAGAACAAGAGGCCAAGAGCCAAUGCUCCUGUUAGGAUGUCAUCGGAUGUUUGGGCCCAUUUUCACAAGGUCAAAGAGCCAUCGACGGAGCAUCCGGGAGAGAUUGUGUUGAAGGCUGUUUGUAAUUAUUGUCCCAAAAAGAGGUAUGUAUAUACGCAAGGUGGCAGCACCUCAACUAUGUCCGAGGAAUCACUAGUGCAUGUUAUAUCAAGGGUGCUCAU